GCUGGUCCCGGCGGGGCUCGCUCCCGGCCCCGCUCCCGGCGCGGCGGCGACAGGGCGGGGGCAGGCGCCCGGGGCAUGCGGCGGCGGUAGGACGGGCGGCGGCAAUGGGCGGCCGGGGGCUGCCGGUCCCGCUGCUGCUGGGGCUGCCGCUGCUGCUGGGGCUGCCGGCGGCGGGGCGCGCCGCCUCCAAGGCGCCGGUGUGCCAGGAGAUCACGGUGCCGAUGUGCAAGGGCAUCGGCUACAACCUCACCUACAUGCCCAACCAGUUCAACCACGACACGCAGGACGAGGCCGGGCUGGAGGUGCACCAGUUCUGGCCGCUGGUGGAGAUCCAGUGCUCCCCGGACCUGCGCUUCUUCCUCUGCAGCAUGUACACCCCCAUCUGCCUGCCCGACUACACCAAGCCGCUGCCCCCCUGCCGCUCCGUCUGCGAGCGGGCCAAGGCGGGCUGCUCGCCCAUCAUGCAGCAGUAUGGCUUUGCCUGGCCAGAGAGGAUGAGUUGCGACAGCCUGCCGGUGCUGGGGGACGCCGAGGAGCUCUGCAUGGGCUACAACCGCACAGAGGCCACCACCCUGCCGCCUUUCUUCGGGAAGCCCACACGCCCAGCCAAGGACACAGCCAAAAGCCAACUACCAAGCGGUAGGCACCCGCCGGGCACCGACUGCGGCCGGACCUGCAAGUGCAAGGCGCCACUGGUGCCCAUCUCCAAGGAGUCCCAUCCGCUGUAUAACCGCAUCCGGACUGGGCAGGUGCCCAACUGCGCCAUGCCCUGCUACCAGCCCUACUUCACCCAGGACGAGAAGACCUUUGCCACUUUCUGGAUCGGCCUCUGGUCCAUCCUUUGUUUCCUCUCCACUUCCACCACUGUGGCUACCUUCCUCAUUGACAUGGAACGUUUCAAGUACCCCGAGCGCCCCAUCAUCUUCCUCUCUGCGUGCUACCUCUUCGUCUCUGUGGGCUACAUUGUACGGCUGGUAGCGGGACAUGCCAGUGUGGCUUGCGACCCUGAGCACCACCACAUCCACUAUGAGACCACGGGCCCCGCACUCUGCACUGUGGUUUUUCUGCUCCUCUACUUCUUUGGCAUGGCCAGCUCCAUCUGGUGGGUCAUCCUGUCCCUCACCUGGUUCCUGGCAGCUGGCAUGAAGUGGGGCAACGAGGCUAUCGCGAGCUAUGCGCAGUACUUCCACCUGGCUGCCUGGCUCAUCCCCAGUGCCAAGUCAAUUACCGUGCUGGCGCUCAGCUCCGUGGAUGGGGACUCAGUAGCUGGGGUUUGCUACGUGGGCAACCAGAGCCUGGAGAAUCUGCGUGGCUUUGUGCUGGCACCGCUGGUCGUGUAUCUCUUCACUGGCAGUCUCUUCCUGCUGGCCGGCUUCGUCUCGCUGUUCCGCAUCCGCAGUGUGAUCAAGCAGGGCGGCACCAAGACUGACAAGCUGGAGAAGCUGAUGAUCCGCAUCGGUAUCUUCACCGUGCUCUACACUGUGCCUGCCACCAUUGUCAUUGCCUGCUACAUCUAUGAGCAGCACAACCGGGAGGCGUGGGAGCAGGCGCAGAACUGCUCCUGCCCAGGGGACCCCCACCGCCCCAAGCCUGACUAUGCUGUAUUCAUGCUCAAGUACUUCAUGUGCCUUGUGGUGGGCAUCACUUCUGGCGUCUGGAUCUGGUCUGGCAAAACUCUCGAGUCCUGGCGGCGCUUCACAGCCCGCUGCUGCCGGCCAAAGAAGCCAGCAGGUGCUGCUGCAUACGGUGAGGUCAGCCCAGCACUGGUGGGCAGGACGGUGCUGCCCAGCAUGGCCUCCUACCACAAGCAGGUCCCGCUGUCCCAUGUGUGAUCUGAAGGAGCCGUGGUGACCCCAGCAUGGAGGGAGGAGAGGGUUGCAAAGACCCAAUGCUGCAGCACAGGGAGCGGCGGCAGAGCCACCCUGCCACCCCAGUCCCACAGCAGAGCGGAGCAGCCCAGGACCAAGCGUAGCCCCAGUCAGGGCAAGAGAGGUGCCACCAGCAACAUGGGGACAGAGGGUCGGUGCUGGGAGCCAGCUACAUGAGCUGGGACACAUCAUGAAGUGAUGUGUGGGCUGGGUAGGUGGCAGCAGCCCCACAGCCUCUGGACGGGUUGUGCUGGUACUGGGAUGAGGGGGAGAGCUGCAGCAGGCAUGGCUGGUGGCAGCCCUAUCUCUAGUGAUCCCCAGCACCAGAACUGAGCUGCUUGCCAGAGCUGGGAAGCAUGAGAGGAGUCAGGAUAGCAGGUCGGGGACAUCCCACAUAUCACCAGGCAGAGAGCUGGUGGCCCUGGCACAGGCUUAGAGGCAGGGGUUGAGCUGCAUGGGUGCUGGCAGAACAGGAGGAUGGGGCUCAACAAAGUCCUGCUGCCAGCCCACACAGAGCCCGGCAUGCUGCCAAGAAGCCUGGGGCCGAGGAGCCCUGAGCCCCCAGCAAGCACACGCCAGCUCCCUGACAGGGCAGGUGCUUUGCACUGCUAGCUCUGGCACUUUGGAAAGCGGUUGGCAAUGCUCCACGCCUCUGUGUCAGGCAAGUUUGUAGCAUCUCCCCCGUGCUGUGCAGGCUGCCUGGGGCAAGGCAGGGGUCGUGUCAUAGACGGAAAUGCACUGUGUGUGUGUGUGUGUAUCUGCAGCAGGAGGUGUGUGCGUGGGGUCUGUGAGGCAGGUGGUAGCUGCGUGUGCUGGGAAGCAGUGGGGUCAGCAGCCAGCCGGCUCCAGCCCUCCUUGCUGCUUUUUUGGAAGCUGCACCUCUGUCAGACAGCACCAGGCUCAGGACUGAGCAGGUAAUUCAGGAAUAGUCAGCAGAGUGCUCACACUUUCUCCCGCAUCGCAGCCUCUUCCCAGGGUUGGGCAGCAGCAGGGCACUGACAGAAGCAUUGCGAGGCGUUACACUCUGGGGACAUCUGGGCCUAGGUUGGUAGCACAUGGGUGCUGUGUCAGCCCCUUGAGUGGGACAAGGGAGUGGCAGCAGGGAUGGGCUGCUGAGAGGCAGCUGCAGCCAGCUCCUGCCUGCUUUUGAAAGAACCCAGGUGUUUAGUCUGGUUUCCCUGCCCCAAAUGGGAUCACAUAUGUAACUUUGCAGAAAUGAUUAUGGGAGUCCUUUUGUCCCCUUCCAACCAUGGCGCCACGACCCAGCUGCAUUGCUCUUGCGGGACUGCCAGGGCCCCAGGUUGUUCAAGAUGCCCUGAGAACACUUCACAAUCAAGGAGGUUUCCAAGCCUUUUAAAACCAAAGUCUGGGAAGCAGGGGACCCUCUGGUGGCACAGCUGGUGAUACAGAUGGUGCCAGGACGUGGCAUGUGUGCAGAGCGGUGCAGGGCCAGAGUGCUCUGUGGGACCCUCUCACAGCUGCAGGGCACUGUUGCGACAGAGGUUGGCUCGCUUUGGUGUGUUGCAGUACUUCACCUUGGGCAGCAUUGCACCAUGUUCUGUUACAAACUGUAAAUAGCUGUAUAUAGUUGUUUUGUACUUUCAGGAGCUGGGGUGAACUUUGAUACAGGUUUGGGGCAGGUGUGUGCUCAGUGUGGGGCAGGUCAGGCGCGGCACUGUGGGCAUAUGUGUGUUGUAAUCCUGGGCAUUAAAUAGCUCCAACCUGAUCCAACCCACGGCUUGCUGGACUUGUCUCUUUCUAUAGUGCCUUCUGUAGAUACAGCUAAGCACACCAUGCAAUACAAUGAACAAAACCAUGGCAAAGGUGGUGUUUUUCUGUUUGUUUGCUUCUUUUUUUAAGUCUAACUGACUGUGUAAAACUUUUUUUUUAAGGAAAAAAAGAAAUCCAAGCUCAAGUGCAGGCUUGCCUAUUGAAAAGUUUCCGGGAGGCCACUCUGUUCUGACCUAAGGACAGGUUGGUGCCAGCAGCCUGGGGUUGACCCUGGCCUCAGCACUGCCCUGCAGGCAGGGCAAGGUGUGGAGCCAGUGCCCCUGUGCUGUGGGUAACUGACAUGUUGUUUUGGCAUUGUUGUUUAGUGGUGCUCUUCAACUUUUGUUUAUAUAACCAUAUUAUAUUUUGUGAAAAGCUGAAGAAAUUUUAUUCAAAGAGAAGUAUAGAGAUUAGUUAUUUAUGAGGAAAAAGAUGUGUGUGCUGUUUUCUUUGCUUGUAUGCUUAUGCUAACCUGAUAAUUACCACAAAAGCUUACUGUGGGGAAAGGGGAGGAGUGUGCGGGAGGGCUGUGCUGUCUUCUUAUCAGCAGGGAUCAGCGGGGACUUGGGAGGCAACCGCAGCAGCCCUGUGCAGAUGUGCUGCCGAGAGCACCAAGCCCUGCGCAGCUCUGCCCUCAGUGUGAGGCUGUGCGCCCUGGCCCAUGGCAGCAGCCCACCCAGCUUGGGAGUGAGUUUGGGUCUGCAGGGUGUUGGCAGCAGGUACUGCUGGCACCACCCCUGGCUUUGCUGACAGAGCUCCUGGGCAGGCCAAGGUCACACCUUCCUGGUGGAAGACAGUUAACGAUCAACUUUUAUUGGUGUUCUUGCAGUUUGCACGGUAUUGGUCCCUCACUCUGCCUCGAGAUCGAGCGCCAAAGAGUUGCCCUUUGGUACUUAGCAGGUGCCAGCUCUUGGCCAAGGAGGAUGUUGUGUGCUGAUUUAAGUGUCCUUGUUGCCAUCUGCUGUACACUCUCCUGUGGUGGGAAGAGUGCGAAGGGAGGACAAUGAGGGGUUAAGUUGGCUGUGCUGUGACUAAUGGUGCAGGACUCUGCUAUCUAGUUAGGUGUGUAGGCACACACGGGUCCCACUAGAUAGGAUCUCUUACCUGAAAGCAGCAUUCCAGUGCCCCAUGAUAAAACUGAUGGAGCCAGCAAUGCACUGACUCACCCAAGCCCUCUGUGGUUAGGUGCAGACAAAGGACACCCAGCAGCUGAGCCUGCCCUGUGCAGGGCAGCUGCUGUGCGGCUGUGUGGGCAUGCCCCACCUCAGCAUCAGGACUUACCUGGGUGCUGAAGGCACCUUGCCUGUUUCCAGCUGUAAAGCCUGCUUGGCAGCAGGGUUACUGCCAAAGCUUCCUGAGAAGCUUCUGUGUUCUCAGUGCCUCAGUAAGCAGGAGUUUGGCAAAGCUGCCAUCCGCUGCCACCUUGAGAUCGAUUUUGAUCAAGAGAAGGGCCAUGGCUGCAGUCAUUUGUUGGUGAACCACCACCAAAGGCUGCAGGACUUUGCACAGCUACACGCAGCCCACCCUGAUGGUGUGGUGUCACACACCUGUGCUCUGUGUCCCAUUGGGCCCAUUCAGGCUGCCCUCAAGGCAAGAGCAGGCUCUCUUGGUAUCGACUAGUGCAAUGCACUUUGUGUGGGGAAAAGUAGUAUCUUGCAGAACAGGGAUCUGGCCCUGCAAAUGGGGUUUUACGUGACAGGGGCAGGAGGCAAAGUGGUGAUUUUGUUCCUGGAAAUGCCUUGCUCCCUAAGGCAGCAAACUGGCCCAUUUUCAGCGAUGUGCUUUACCCAGCUAUUAAACUGCAUAUAUGUAUGUGUGCAUGGUAGCGCAACAGUGCACUAUAUUCACUGCUACAGCACGACAGCACAUAUUUUGCCUCUUUCUCAGAGAACACUGUGAACAGUCAGGCAUAAGCCCUGCUGCACUAUGGGAAUUAGCAGCUUGGGCCAUAGGCAGCAGCCCGCCUUGUUCUGGGCUCUGACCCAUCAGCCAACAGCACCCACACAGCUGCUACGCCCCCCCUGCAAACUCUGACCUCAAUUGCUCUUGUGCCCUCUUCUGCUUGUCAGGUUAUUCCUGAUGCGUAUAUUCUUACCCAGAAGCAAUGUUCUUGACAUUUAUUCAGUCUCUGAAGUGCCUGUCCUCUUAACUGCCAAACCCACGCUGAAGUAGCUCUCAUAAAGUUCCCUUAGAAACAAAAUGCACACAGUCCCCAUACACAAACAGAAAGGCCUUCUGACUCCCAAAGGCAUCAUGUAGCCCAGAAACACAUCAGUGAGUUGCUGCCCAUAUGGACCUGUAGCACACACUGCUCGCGUUACUCUUGAUGGGUCACGAUAUAGAUAUUGUCUAGGGAAGCUGUUAAGUGGAACCACCCUGGGGCUGAAUGCAACCGAAGGUCACCUCACCUUAGAUUUACUCUUCACAAAUGAGCAUUCUCAUCGCAGGCUGUUGUUGCUGGGUAUUCUUCUAAGGCAACAGAGGUAGGUACACUCACUGUAAUGCUAGUGUUCUAGAGAUGAUUCUAUUAUUUUUCAUUUUGCCUUUGUACGAAAAUUACUGCCAACAAAUAAAGCACAGCUCAGCUCCCCGCAGAACCCACCCCCCAAAUGCAGUUCCCUCUGAAAUUGUAUCUAUCUUUGUUCUUCAACUGCACUCUUUUAAAAGUUUUACUUCCCACUGAUUACCUAAGAAAUGCUGUAGGUAUGUUUUCCUGGAUCUCUUUCAUAUGGCCCAGAAUGUUAAGGGCAAUUGCUAUUUUCCCCUCUCUUAAAAAAUCAUGAUUCUAUUGACAAAGUGCUCUGGGCUAAGCUACAGAAAAACUAAAACCAGUUAAAGUUUAGGCAAAAUUAAGUUGGGAGCAUCAGGUUCCUGGACAAGAGUACAGCUGUCUGAGUUGACACCCGCCUGACAGGCAGAUCAGCAGGACGAGCCUCGCUCUACUUUGGCCAAAAGGUGAGUGAAUGCCACAAGUUCCUGCUGAGCACCUUAGAGCUGAACGGCUGCAGCUACAGAAACCAUGUGCCAGCCCACAGUGAAGCGAAUCCAGACCCCAUCACACAAAGUAAAAGGCACCCAGUCGCUUGUAGAUUCCUAUUGAGUGCUCAAGGGAGGAUUUAAAAACUUCCAGUUAGCACCAGACAGAUAUUGUAGAGGGCUGAGUCAAAUUCCAAACUAAAACAAGUGGAAAUAGGCAGGCAGCUACAGAAGGCUUCUGCUGCUCAUCCAGCUGAGGGCCCUGGCCCAUCCUGCAGAGCAAGCAGCACACAGUUGCCCAAUGACCUCUGCUGUGGGCUUCAGAGAAUUCCCGAGUAAUCUCAGCAAAAUGAACACGAGGGGAAGGUACAGAGACAGGGGAGGCCUUAAUGCACAUUGAUUCCACAGCCCCCCACUUCCUCUCAAACAUGAAAGAAGCUGUACAGCAGCAAAUAGAGGGGGAAUUAAAUCAGACAACUGUACAGAAUACACAAUUUACCUUUAACUUUAAUUAAAAUAGAGUUUAUUAGCUUUUCUUUUAAUACAAACAUGAGAAAGGAAAACCACCUGAAGAUGUAGCAUUAUUUCCAAAAUUCAGUUGUGAUCAAUACCUGAAGUGCCAAGUUCCAUGGAUCUGAGAGCCAGGGGCAGGCAUAUUUGCAUACCACAAAAGACAAAAUGCAUCAUUUUAACAGCUGAGUGUAGCCAGACUGAUUGUUACACUCAGACCCCCACUCCCUACCCUCCACUCUCAAAAGCAUGUGGACUCACCGUUUAGUGUGAGUUUCUGGACCUUGGCUAGAUGAAGUGCACAGAAACUGUGCCAUUUGGAGGGAGAUCUGCUCCUAGACAGACAGCCUAGAAUCUAUUUGGAUCCAAGAAGGGAAGAUAUUACAAAGGCAUGUAACAGGAAGAGUCUAGUAAUACUUAUCCUGCUCAGAGUUCAGUUUCAGAGCCUGAAAGUAAGGUCCAUUCCAAAGUCUCAGAAGGAACAAAAACCCAAGCCUUAAAAGCAGUUGCACAAAAUAAAAUUCACUUUGGAGGAAAAAGGAAAAAAAAGUUUUACAGAAAUAUUUUUGAUAAUUUUCGAUUAAUUUUUUUUUUCAAUCUACCUGGUUAGGUAGUCCAAGAUUCUCAAACUCUAUCUUAUCAUGAUUGUAAAUCCCUCCCAAGAAACAAAGCCUCAAUGGGAGCCAAAUGGAUGCACAAUAUCAGCUUUAGGAACUCCACUGUAUAUAGCACAAGAGAUCUGCAGUAGAACUCGAGAAGCGGUGCUGCACACAUGCCGUUCACCACUGGAUUGCUACGCUGUUUGGGAUGGUGAUGAUAUUUCCAGACCAACUUUCUCAUUCAAUGCCUCAAAAAAAUAUACAGCUUGCGUCUCUUCCAGAGCAAUAACAAGUAUUAGAAAAUGAGAGAAGCACCAUAAUUCACAAGAAAUGCAGCAUGGACCCUAUAUAUUUUAACAAUACAGAAAACCAUCUCUCU